CUUCCUUCUUUGCUCAUUACCCAUUACCCACAACCCAAUUCGAUUCAAUGCUGCGACAAGGCCUGCCAAUGUAUUUCAAUACUAGGCUUCGACCUACACUUCCCAUGAAACAGUUUGCAUCUGUUACUCGUCUGACACAACGAUGGAAUAGCGCUUCAAUGAGUCAUAUACGAUGCAUGUCCUCAGCCUUGAAUGCAAAAGGCCAACCUGAGCUCAAAGAUCCGUCUUUGAUUAAAAUCGCCGGGUUCAUUGACAAUGAAUAUAUCCAUGCCACGAAUGAUGGGAAAACUUUCCCGGUUUUUGAUCCGGCACAAGGAACCGAAAUUGCUAACUUUCCAGAAAUGGGAGUUAAAGAAGCAGAGCAAGCUAUUCAGUCAGCGAAACGCGCCUUAACUGAAUGGAGACAAACGACUGCUAAAGAGCGUGGUACUAUCCUUCGAGAUUGGUAUAAUCUUAUGCGUGAAAACGAAGAGGAUCUGGCCAAAAUCAUCACCUGGGAAAAUGGCAAGACAUUGUCUGAGGCCAUUGGUGAAGUUCGAUACAGCGCCAGUUUCCUUGAAUGGUUUUCGGAAGAAGCCAAAAGACUUUAUGGUGAAUUUAUUCCAAGCCCUAUAAAAACUCAGCGCAUCAUCACAAUUCGACAACCCAUUGGUGUUGUUGGCAUCAUUACUCCAUGGAACUUCCCAAGCGCCAUGAUAACGCGUAAAUUCGGCGCUGCUUUGGCUGCUGGAUGCACGGCUGUAGCUAAGCCUGCCUCCGAGACACCGUUUUCGGCACUAGCGCUUGCUGAACUGGGGAUGAGAGCAGGGUUACCAAAGGGGGUUAUCAACAUCGUGACGACACAUAGCAACACCAAGGACGUUGGAAAGUAUCUGUGUGAGAGUCAUGAUGUAGCGGGAAUUUCUUUCACUGGAUCAACAAAUGUGGGAAAGCAUCUGCUGAAGCAAAGUGCAGACACGGUUAAGAAGAUGUCUUUGGAGCUCGGAGGCAAUGCCCCGUUUAUUGUCUUUGGCGAUGCAGAUAUUGACAAGGCAGUUGAAGGUGCUAUUGCGGCCAAGUUCCGUAGCAGCGGUCAGACUUGCAUCUGUGUGAACCGACUCUAUGUCCAUUCAUCCAUCAAGGAAGAAUUCAGCAAGCGUCUUCAAGACAAAGUUAAAAAGUUCCAAGUUGGUUCAGGCUUUGACAAGCAAACAACCCAUGGACCGUUAAUCAAUAAGGGUGCGGUUGAGAAAGUACGCUCGCAUGUCGAAGAUGCAAUUAAACAUGGAGCCACAGUUGUGGCUGGAGGAGAUAGUGGAGCCACAACAAACGGCUACUUUUACCCUCCAACUGUUCUUAUUGACAUGAAAAACAACAUGAGGAUCGCCAGUGAAGAAACAUUCGGUCCUGUGGCUGCUAUCUUUGAAUUUGAGACCGAAGAGGAAGUCUUGAAGGCCGCCAACAAUACUCGGCUUGGUCUUGCGGGAUAUUUCUUCAGCCGUGAUAUUUCAAGAUGCUGGAGAGUUGCCGAGAAGUUGGAAGUAGGUAUGGUUGGUGUAAACACUGGUACCAUAUCAUCCGAAGUAUUCCCAUUUGGAGGUAUCAAAGAGUCAGGCAUGGGCCGUGAAGGUGGUCGACAAGGUCUGGAUGAGUAUACGCAGUAUAAGACUAUCAACAUGGGCAUUUAGGAUAUGAUGCAAUGAUAUUCCACCAAUAAAAGGGAUGUACCAAUAAGACAAAGCAGAAGACCAAGAUUGUGACAGAAGAUUGUGAAUCGAGUGAUUUUUUUUAGAAUAGCCCGAUUCCUAGAAGAAGAUGACAGCAAUCAGAUCGGGCUCUAUGGACGCCCACACAGUCCAGUAAAAAAAAAAUAAAAGAU